CUGUACUGUACACAGUCCAGUCUACUACUUACAUAGAUAGCACAUGCGUCCCUGCUAGCCCAGGACCCUUCCGCUCUGUUUCCCGCCCAGCGCGCCCACUUUUCCAUGUGACACUCCAGCGUAUCGGACGAGCUUUCCCAGCUAGCGAGUGGAGAGCUGCCGCCGUGCGUUGGACAACCGCCCAGCACGGGCGCUCAACACCACACCCACCGCGAUAGCCCAGCACUCCCAGCUCGUCGCCGCGCGCCCCCCAGCUGCCCGCGCCCGGCCUGCCAUUCCAUCCCGCCCAUCGCCGCCCAUCGUCGCCCCUUUCCCCCGGGCAGCCUCCAUCCAGGCACGGCACCAUGGGCGUCUCCCAGUUCUUCUCGCAGCUGUGCGCCUCCUGCUGCGGCGGCCGCAGCAAGGACAGCAUCUACGACCCCGUGCUGGCCGACAGCGAGCGCGAAGCCGUCGCCGACCUCCUGGGCUUCCUUGAAAAUCGCGCCGAGACCGAUUUCUUCUCCGGCGAGCCCCUCCGCGCAUUGUCAACCCUUGUAUAUUCAGACAACAUCGAUUUGCAGCGCUCGGCCAGCCUGACCUUUGCCGAGAUCACGGAGCGAGAUGUCCGCGAAGUCGACCGCGACACGCUGGAGCCGAUCCUCUUCCUGCUCCAGAACCCCGACCUCGAGGUCCAGCGCGCCGCCAGUGCCGCCCUGGGCAACCUGGCCGUGAACACCGAGAACAAGGUUGCCAUUGUCGCACUGGGCGGCCUUGCACCCCUCAUCAAGCAGAUGAACUCGCCCAACGUCGAGGUGCAGUGCAAUGCCGUCGGCUGCAUCACCAACCUCGCCACCCACGAGGAUAACAAGGCCAAGAUUGCGCGCUCAGGCGCCCUGCAGCCUCUCACGCGCCUGGCCAAGUCCAGGGACAUGCGCGUGCAGAGAAACGCCACCGGCGCGCUGCUGAACAUGACACAUUCUGAUGACAACCGUCAACAGCUCGUCAACGCCGGCGCAAUCCCCGUGCUCGUCCAGCUGCUCUCUUCCUCGGACGUCGACGUCCAGUACUACUGCACAACAGCGCUCAGUAACAUCGCCGUCGACGCCAGCAACCGCGCAAAGCUCGCCCAGACCGAGGGCCGUCUCGUACAAUCGCUGGUGCACUUGAUGGAGUCCUCGUCGCCCAAGGUGCAGUGUCAGGCUGCCCUCGCCCUGCGCAACUUGGCUUCAGACGAACGCUACCAGCUCGACAUUGUUCGCGCACGUGGUCUGCCGUCCCUGCUCCGCCUCCUGCAGUCGUCCUAUCUCCCCCUCAUCCUUUCCGCCGUUGCAUGUAUACGAAACAUCUCCAUCCACCCCGCAAACGAAUCGCCCAUCAUCGAGGCGGGUUUCCUGCGUCCUCUUGUUGAUCUCCUCGGCUCCACCGAGAACGAUGAGAUCCAAUGCCACGCCAUCUCGACUCUGCGUAAUCUUGCCGCAAGCUCGGACAAGAACAAGCAGCUCGUGCUGGAGGCCGGCGCCGUGCAAAAGUGCAAGCAGUUGGUCUUGAAUGUGCGAUUGCCGGUACAGUCUGAGAUGACUGCAGCAAUUGCCGUCCUUGCGCUGAGUGAAGAGCUGAAGCCUCACCUGCUCAAUCUUGGUGUCUUUGAUGUGCUUAUUCCGCUCACCGAGUCGGAAAGCAUUGAGGUCCAGGGCAACAGUGCUGCUGCGCUGGGUAACCUGUCUUCUAAAGUGGGCGAUUACACCAUUUUCAUCCAAAACUGGACCGAACCUGCUGGUGGCAUCCACGGCUACCUCCGCCGCUUCCUCGCCAGCGGCGACCCUACAUUCCAACACAUCGCCAUCUGGACGCUGCUGCAGCUUCUGGAGUCCGAAGACGCCCGACUUUCGGAGCGCAUCUCCAAGUCGGACGAGAUCAUCCACAUGGUCACCGAGAUCUCCGAGCGCAACAUCGAAUCCGAUGACGAAGACAACGAAGACGGCGAGGGCGAGGUUGUCACGCUAGCCCGCAGAUGUCUUGAGCUGCUGGGCAACAAUCCCAAGGCUCUUAUCGAGGGUUAGAUGCGGCCACAUCUUCGGUCCGGCUUCAUUGAUUGUAUCUUUGCCCAUGUUUACUUUGUCUUUUGUUUUGCUGAUGCGUUCAUGUUGGAUGCUGCUCUGUAGAGCAGCUCAUGGAAGAAGUUUUCACGGCUGGCGUUCCGGGAGCAAACUAUUUCCAACAUUUCUAGCGCGCAUGGGAGGAGCAUGACGUUUACUUAUUGGCAUACCAUCUUUGUUAGCACCGCUGCUUGAUCAAGAAUAGCUUUGUGGCUCGAGAUACUUUAAUUGUUAGCCUGGAUGAGGAGCAGAGCAUGCUGCUCGUGGUGUAUCGUGGACGAAUCAAAAUGAGGUACCGCUGCUG